AUGUCCACCACCGACUCCACCUCCGAUGAUGACUGGUCCCUCUACCCCUACUCGCCCAACAAAGCCGCCCCCAUCGCCUUCGCCAUCAUCAUGUCCCUCCUCGGCAUCAUCCUCAUCUACCAAUGCUUCUUCCGGUACCACUGGAAAAAAUUUGGCGGCAUGAUGCUCUGGGCGACGCUCGUCUGGGUGGCCGGCUUCAUCACCCGCAGCAUCUCCGUGCACGAAGUCCGCAGCGUGGGCAUCUUCAUCGCGCAGUUCGUCAUGAUCCUCAUGGGCCCGCCGCUGUACGCCGCGGCGGAGUACUUCAUCCUCGGGCGGCUGUUCGCGUACCUGCCGUAUCACACGCCGAUCCAUCCGGGGAGGGUGUUCAGUACGUUCGCGAUUCUGAGUGUGGCUGUCGAGACUCUGACGGGGUCUGGGGCGGCGAAUAGUGCGGGCGAGGGUCGGGAUCCGGCUGUGCGCAGGGUUGGGUUGGAUUUGCUCAAGGCGGCGUUGAUUCUGCAGUGUUGUGUCGAGGUUGGGUUUCUCUCGCUCGUGGCAUUGCUGGAGUAUCGCUGUCGGAAGGCGAAGGUGUUUCCCAAGAAGAUCCGCAUCGUCUGCUACGUCCUCUACGUCACCAGCCUGAUGAUGCUGCUGCGCUGCGUCGUACGUGCGGUCGAGGGCUUCGAAGCGGCAGCGUGCGAUCCGGAUCGAGAAGAUCCAUACUGUGGCCCGGUGUCUCGCAACGAAUGGUUCCUCUGGACGUUCGAAGUCGCCAACAUCACCCUCUUCGUCAUCUUGCUGUGUAUCUUCCAUCCGGGCAGAUACCUCCCCAGGAGCAGCAAGAUCUUCCUGGAUCCGAUUGAUGGCAAAACGGAGAGGAUGGGGCCUGGCUUCUCCAAGGCCGACAAGAGGCCGUUGCUCAUUACCAUUCUGGACCCCUUUGACAUCUACAGGAUCCUCAGUGGAAAGGGAAUGGUGCUGAACAAGUUCUGGGAGGAGUAUCAGCCUAUUUACACUGGCAAAGAAGGGGAUGCGCGGCCAGACCAUGCUGGUCUUCAGCCCAUCUCCUCCAGAGAAGUGCAGCACGAGGGGGCCGUCCGAAAGGCUUGA